AUGGAGAGUACCGCCAUCUCCUUCACAAGCUUCGGCCUAGUCGUGCUAGACGAGAUCCACAUCCCAAAUCAAAAACCAUUAACCAAUAUACUCGGAGGCUCAGGAGCACACGCAACCCUAGGGGCACGUCUAUUUCUAGCUCCUCCCUUAAGCCAGACUUUAGCAUGGCCAAUUCAUAUUGGGAAUGACUUUCCAAGUCCUAUUACCGACCUGCUUCAAAGUUGGGGAAUCACUUUGGUCAUCAAGAGAGAAGGGGAUCAGCCUUCGACAAGGGGAUUAUUGGAGUAUAAAGAUACUACUUUUGGACCCAAAGAUUUCAAAUAUACAACUCCUGUUCUAGCUGUCGAUGAAAGUAAUGCGGGUACCCAAAUCCUGUCGUCGAGGGUAUAUCAUUAUCUCGCAACGCCACGGGAUAUUGUGUCCCGUGUCUCAAGUCUAAUCACUAUGCGGCGUGAAGUCGGUAUAUUGAAUCGACCGCUCAUAGUAUGGGAACCGUCUCCUCUAGCGUGCAGUCCGGAUAAUCUACAAGGAUGUCUAGAGGCGGCGCGAUAUGUCGAUGUUCUCAGUCCCAAUCACCUUGAGCUAGCGAAGCUGUUUUCACAGGCAAAUAUCGCUUUCUCUAAACCAGAGAUCGAGGAGCUGGUAUCCAGGCUUUUGGGUGGUGGGGUUGGUCCAGAUGGAUUGGGCGUGGUCGUUGUACGAGCUGGUGAGCAUGGUUGUCUGGUUCAAUCACGGGACAUUGCUGCUAAGUGGCUUUCCCCGUUCUAUGGAUCUGGUUUUGUGGGCGAGAAAAUUUCGUCAGUGAUUGACCCGACUGGAGCUGGGAAUGCGUUUUUAGGUGGAUAUGGUGUGGGGUUUAUCCAAACGGGAGACGCUGUACAGGCAGCUUGCUAUGGGAGUGUUGCUGCGUCGUUUGCUUUGGAGCAGAUCGGUAUGCCGGAGAGGGUAGAUCAAGGUGAGACCGAAAUGUGGAAUGGGGUUAGUGUGCAGGCAAGACUACGAGAGUAUAUGUCCAGAGAAGAAGUCAACAGUAUCUGUCUAUAG